AGAUUUUUCUAAUGAUCCCAAAGACAUUGACUGGCACUGAUUAACAUGCUCGGGUGUGUUUGACUAGGGUUGGAGCUAAACUCUGCAGGAAUGUGGAUCUCGAAGUCCAGAUUUAAGGAUCUCUGGUCUAUAUGCACAAACUAAAGCUGACUAUCUGUGUUCAUGCAGUGAAGCCAGGUCAAUGUCCCAUACCGGAGAUGAUCCCACUCUGUGCUGAUAGCUGUUUCAAUGAUGGCCAGUGUCCUGCCACACAGAAAUGUUGCCCAACCACCGGUGGCUUUGCAUGCAGUGAACCGCGUGGCCAGGGAAGAGGUCAGGCAACUUGCCAUGGAAACGGUUCUGGCCAGGGAAGCGGCUAUGGCCAGGGCGCGGGUCAGGGAAGCGGCUAUGGCCAGGGCGCGGGUCAGGGAAGCGGCUAUGGCCAGGGCGCGGGACAGGGCGCGGGUCAGGGAAGCGGCUAUGGCCAGGGCGCGGGACAGGGCGCAGGACAGGGAAGCGGCUAUGGCAAGGGUGCGGGACAGGGCGCAGGACAGGGAAGCGGCUAUGGCCAGGGCGCAGGUCAGGGAAGCGGCUUUGGCCAGGGUGCAGGACAGGGUGCUGGCCAGGGAAGCGGCGCUGGAGCAGGACAGGGAAGCGGCUAUGGCCAGGGUGCAGGAGCUGGACAGGGAAGUGGCGCAGGAGUUGGACAGGGAAGCGGCUAUGGCCAGGGUGCUGGAGCAGGACAGGGAAGCGGCUAUGGCCAGGGCGCUGGAGCAGGACAGGGAAGCGGCUAUGGCCAGGGCGCUGGAGCAGGACAGGGAAGCGGCUAUGGCCAGGGCGCUGGAGCAGGACAGGGAAGCGGCUAUGGCCAGGGCGCAGGAGCUGGACAGGGAAGCGGCUAUGGCCAGGGCGCAGGAGCAGGACAGGGAAGCGGCGCAGGAGCAGGACAGGGAAGCGGCGCUGGAGCAGGACAGGGAAGCGGCUAUGGCCAGGGCGCUGGAGCAGGACAGGGAAGCGGCUAUGGCCAGGGCGCAGGAGCAGGACAGGGAAGCGGCGCAGGAGCAGGACAGGGAAGCGGCGCAGGAGCAGGACAGGGAAGCGGAGCAGGACAGGGAAGCGGCGCAGGAGCAGGACAGGGAAGCGGCGCAGGAGCAGGACAGGGAAGCGGCUAUGGCCAGGGCACAGGAGCAGGACAGGGAAGCGGCGCUGGAGCAGGAGCAGGACAGGGAAGCGGCGCUGGCCAGGGCGCUGGAGCAGGACAGGGAAGCGGCGCUGGCCAGGGCGCUGGAGCAGGACAGGGAAGCGGCUAUGGCCAGGGCGCUGGAGCAGGACAGGGAAGCGGUGCAGGAGCAGGACAGGGAAGCGGCUAUGGCCAGGGCGCUGGAGCAGGACAGGGAAGCGGCGCUGGAGCAGGACAGGGAAGCGGCGCUGGAGCAGGAGCAGGACAGGGAAGCGGCGCUGGCCAGGGCGCUGGAGCAGGAGCCGGACAGGGAAGUGGCGCUGGAGCAGGAGCCGGACAGGGAAGUGGCGCUGGAGCAGGAGCCGGACAGGGAAGUGGCGCUGGAGCAGGAGCAGGACAGGGAAGUGGCGCUGGAGCAGGAGCAGGACAGGGAAGUGGCGCUGGAGCAGGACAGGGAAGUGGCGCUGGAGCAGGACAGGGAAGUGGCGCUGGAGCAGGAGCAGGACAGGGAAGUGGCGCUGGAGCAGGAGCAGGACAGGGAAGUGGCGCUGGAGCAGGAGCAGGACAGGGAAGUGGCGCUGGAGCAGGACAGGGAAGUGGCGCUGGAGCAGGACAGGGAAGUGGCGCUGGAGCAGGACAGGGAAGUGGCGCUGGAGCAGGAGCAGGACAGGGAAGUGGCGCUGGAGCAGGAGCAGGACAGGGAAGUGGCGCUGGAGCAGGACAGGGAAGUGGCGCUGGAGCAGGAGCAGGACAGGGAAGCGGCGCUGGCCAGGGCGCUGGAGCCGGACAGGGAAGCGGCGCUGGCCAGGGCUCUGGAGGCGGACAGGGAAGCGGCGCUGGGGCAGGAGCCGGACAGGGAAGCGGCGCUGGGGCAGGAGCCGGACAGGGAAGCGGCGCUGGGGCAGGAGCCGGACAGGGAAGCGGCGCUGGACAGGGUGCUGGAACAGGAGCGGGACAGGGAAGUGGCGCUGGAGCAGGAGCCGGACAGGGAAGUGGCGCUGGAGCAGGACAUGGAAGCGGCUAUGGCCAGGGCGCAGGAGCUGGACACGGAAGCGGCGCUGGAGCAGGAGCAGGACACGGAAGCGGCACUGGAGCAGGACAGGGAAGCGGUGCUGGCCAGGGAGCUGGAGCAGGACAGGGAAGCGGCGCUGGAGCAGGACAGGGAAGCGGCUAUGGCCAGGGCGCUGGAGCAGGACAGGGAAGCGGCGCUGGAGCAGGACAGGGAAGCGGUUAUGGCCAGGGCGCUGGAGCAGGACAGGGAAGUGGCGCUGGAGCAGGACAGGGAAGCGGCGCUGGAGCAGGACAGGGAAGCGGCGCUGGAGCAGGACAGGGAAGCGGCUAUGGCCAGGGCACUGGAGCAGGACAGGGAAGCGGCUAUGGCCAGGGCGCUGGAGCAGGACAGGGAAGCGGCGCUGGAGCAGGACAGGGAAGCGGCGCUGGAGCAGGACAGGGAAGCGGCGCUGGAGCAGGACAGGGAAGCGGCGCUGGAGCAGGACAGGGAAGCGGCUAUGGCCAGGGCGCUGGAGCAGGACAGGGAAGCGGCGCUGGAGCAGGACAGGGAAGCGGCUAUGGCCAGGGCGCUGGAGCAGGACAGGGAAGCGGCGCUGGCCAGGGCGCUGGAGCAGGACAGGGAAGCGGCUAUGGCCAGGGCGCUGGAGCAGGACAGGGAAGCGGCGCUGGAGCAGGACAGGGAAGCGGCUAUGGCCAGGGCGCUGGAGCAGGACAGGGAAGCGGCUAUGGCCAGGGCGCUGGAGCAGGACAGGGAAGCGGCUAUGGCCAGGGCGCUGGAGCAGGACAGGGAAGCGGCGCUGGAGCAGGACAAGGAAGCGGCUAUGGCCAGGGCGCUGGAGCAGGAGCAGGACAGGGAAGUGGUCAAGGGAAGUGUCGGGGAUGUGGCAAAGGUCAAUGUCGCCUUUAGGGACAUGUUCAUGGGAAUUUUGCAUAAUACUUUCUGGGGGUCUUUUCCAAUGCUUUUGUUCAGAUGUCAUGUUUUCCCUGUUUGCUCAAACUGUUUAGAAAGAUUUUCUGACUCUCUCUACCACUACUAUCACCUCAAAUAAAUAAAAAAUUGCUUGAUUUGAA